AUGCCGAACCUGUCACUCCACACGUCUCGUCGGGUCCAGACUCUGAAAGACAGCGACUAUGAUCAUGAAAUAGGCCUCGUCGACCAGGAAUCACCACCGACGACUCGCUCCAGGAGCAACACGGCCCGUACAAGCAACACGGCCCUUACAGUCGACGAGGACCAAUCUUCCUCCCAGCACGUGCGGAGCGUCGAGGGAGAGCAGAGCCCACACGAUAGACAGCACAGUGCUGCGACGACCGGGCGAAUAUCUCUCGACAACCGACAAGGAGCCGACGACACACAGGCAGACCGAGGACAAGAUGAGAGUCCCAUCGGCGCUCGGGAAUCGGCGCAAACGGGUCCAUCAAUCGAGGUAGAAGGUGUGUACAUCCAGCCAAUCCCUCCUCACCUCCCCUAUCUCGGUAGGCGUGCUAACGCAUUGUUGCCAAAAAAAGGUCCUACGCCCCUCGAGCCCCCAACACUGGCCGCCCAUGGCGACACGGCGCGACCAAAGUCCAAGCAGCGCAAAGAGCCCGAAUCCGAGAUUGAUAUCCUGUGGGAGAAUGAGAGAGGCUGCUUCGUCUGCGGCGCGGCUCUCUUCUCGGGCGCUGCCCUCGGCAACCUUGAUCCGUCGCCCUGGACGAAUCAGUUCAAGAAGACGAGCCCGACCAGCAUCAGGACGGCGACGGUCCCUGAUCCGAGUUGGGAGUGGGCGUGGCCUGAAUGGCGCAUCAACCGCGAAGAGGGCGUGGCCAUGGACGAAUUCGGGUGGGAGUAUUCGUUCAUGUUUGCCAGAAAGUUCUCGUGGCAUGGCCCCAAGUGGUGGAACUCGUUCGUCAGGAGGCGGGCCUGGAUCCGGAAACGCGUCAAGAAGUGCAGCGACGACCUGGCCUCGGAUCCUCACAUGCUCAACACGGACUACUUCAACGUCAUGCCCGCAGAGCACCAUCGGCCCCAUUCGUCGCACGGGGGCAGUCGGCAGGGGAGCAGGGCGAGCACGCAUAGUAAGGCGAGUAUCCACAGCAAGGGCAGCAUCGGCCGGUUCUCCACCACCGAGAGCGUUCUGGACGAGAAGCCUGUGAUCGAGGACGUGUGGAUGCUGAUGAUGGUGCUCCGCGCGGCGCGCAUCGACCGGGAGAAAAUCGAGGCGGUGGACAACUAUCUCGAGCACGCCAAGGACGACCUCGAGCGGCUCCAGGACGAGAUGCACGACAUUAUGGGCAUAUUCGUCUUCCAGGUGUCGAGGCGGAUCUUGCUGAGCCGCCUGACUCAGGUGUAUGACGAGAUGAACAAUGUCGAUAAGGGAGAUGCGGCGUUCAAGACGAGACGGAAUAACCUGGGCGCCGCCAUCAAGCACGCGGACGAGGAGGUCAGGCGAUUAUCAUACUGGAGCGACGUGAAAGGCGUGGCAGAGAACGGCGAAUCGAGGGGCGCCGUCGAGGGCAAGGAGGGAUGGAGCGAGGCCUUGGAGGGCGUGGACCAGAGCGGCCCGGCACAACCCAAUGUGGGCAAGCUCCCAUGA